UUAAUUAUUGUGACCUCAUCUCGCUGCUCAGUCCAUGUUGCUGCUGCUGUUGCUGUUUCAGUUUCUGCCGCUAUAGUUGUUGUGGUGGAUGCAUCGACCCUGUCACGUUCUCUCCUCUCCUCCUUUUUAUGCUCCGGGCUUUUGCCCCCCUUCCUCUUUCUUCCCAUAUCCCAACUCUCCCUCUUGGCUUUAAUCUCCCUUCAAACAGGCCGAUAGUAUUUCUACCUCUGCGACAGCUGGUCACCGGCGAGCUUCUGCUCUAUUCGAGGGACGCGAUGGAGGAUGGCAUGGGCGACCUGUUCGACCACAUCGAGGACUUACUCGACUUCCCCGGCGACGAGGACGUUUUCGAGCUGUUGGAACCGUGCGGUGGCGGGAGCGAGACGCUGCUGCUUCCUCCUCUGCCGGUGCCGGACGCCGGGGUUUUAGGCGACGGCGUCGGUAAGGACUCGCUCGAUGGCUUCACUGCCCCGAACACUAACAGGAAGGAUGGAGUCGAGUUCAGCAAGGAAGACGACAAGCUUGGCCAGUGGGAUGAGCUUGACAUUGUGCAAUUGGAAUGGAUGUCAAACUUCCUCGAUGACUCCGAGUCCUUCUCGCUUGGCCUCACCGGCGGCGUUGACACCGUCGACAAAAGUAGUGCCACCAGCGACGACAGCCAUGGCGAAACCAAAGCCAUUCGGCGUUGUUAUUUUCGCACCUCGAGUCCGGUCUCUGUGCUCGAAGCGAACAGGAACGCCUCCGCCGGCGGCGUCAGCGAGUCCUACUCGUCAUCGUCCUCUUACUCUUCCUCGUCGACCUCCGCUUCCUACUUCAUCGGCAGCAAGAACGACGCGGGGGCAUCGCCGCCUCCGAUCAGCCCGCCUGAGUCACCCGCGGCGUUACUCGUUCCCGCUCGCGCGCGCACAAAGCGCGGGCGCCCAGCCGCCUACUCGCCUCUCCACGUCCUCAUCCCCUGCUCCACUCCUGUGGCCGCCGCCGCCGCCGCCGCCGCGUACACUUCAGACCCUGAAAGCUUCUGCGAGUCAUCAUUUCGCGCCACGCUACCGCCUCCACCCAACAAAAAGAGCAAGAAAACCCAUCCAACCGGCGAGGGGAACGACUCGAGCCCGCCGGCUGCGGUGCGAAAGUGCAUGCACUGCGCGAUCACCAAGACCCCGCAAUGGAGGGCAGGGCCCCUGGGUCCCAAGACCCUCUGCAACGCCUGUGGCGUCCGCUACAAGUCCGGCCGGCUCUUCCCGGAGUACCGUCCCGCCGCCAGUCCCACCUUCGCCCCUUCCGUUCACUCCAAUUCCCACAAGAAGGUGGUCGAGAUGCGAAUGAAUGCCAAACACAAUGCUACCGCAACCGACGGCUGCGAUCUCCUCGAGUACAUUCGCCGGCGAGCAUGAGCCACGUAUGCAUGCAACAAAAAAUAAUUCCACGCACACUCAAUUAGCAGCAGCAAUUUCUUAGAUUUAGAAAUUAUCCCGGUUUCUGAUUUCAUUUUAUUUAAAUACAAUAUUUUUAUAUUUAUUAUAUUAUAUUAUUAUAUCCCCUAAAAUUGUGUACAGAGGAGUUGGGAGUGAAGAGAAGGAUGGUUGAACCACUACAGUCUACAGGUAGGAAGUAGUAGUUGACAGUCACAGAGAUUGCAAGAGAGCAUAUUGUUGUCAUUGUUUAGUUAGAAGAAAGAAGGAAAGGAGAGGAGAUUGAUUAUUAUUCUAGUUUGAUUGUGUGAGCUUGGUGUAUUAAAUUCUUUUUGUAGUUGAUUGAUUGAUAUUUGAUAAUGACUAUGUGGAUUACAAUAUUUUGGUUUUA